CUUCUGGGCCUAUCUUUGCUCUCUCAGGCCUCCGCAGUUAAGCUCUUGGCAUUGAACUUUGCAGGCCAAUUUUACUCAUUGGACCUCUCUUUCAAGUCGUCCACAAAGGCUAGCUUGAAGGUCGUGCAGAACAUCACUGCGUGCGGAGUGACGCCCACCUGGCUGCACCUCGACGAAGAGACGCGCACCGUCUACUGCAUCGAUGAAAGCUGGUUGAACGAGGGCCUUGGCAGUGGCAACCUAUCGCAGUGGUCUGUCGGACCCGACUUCAGCAAGAAGGAUGCCUUGACUCUUACUGGCUCCACCGAUACAGAGGGCAAUUCGGUACAUGGCUUCACGUACGGAGGUCCCGAUGGCCGGAGCUUCCUCGUUACCUCGGAGUACUCUCCCUCCACAGUCACGACGUACAAGCUGCCGAUCACUUCCAAGACCAAAGCACUUCAGAAGCUUGAGUUCACAAUGGCGGCUCCUGGACCCCGUCCAGAUCGCCAGGACAAGCCCCACCCGCAUGCUGCCUUUACCGACCCAACUGGAGACUUCCUGAUUGUUCCUGACCUGGGUGCGGAUCUUACUCGCAUCUUCAAGAUCAACCAGAAGACUGGUCAACUCACCGCCUGCCCUGCGAUUGCCUCGCUUCCGGGUGACGGACCUCGCCACGGCCUCUUCCGCAAGGCUGGACGCGCCCUGAAGUACUACUCCCUCAACGAAGUCAGCAGCUCCGUCGGUGUCUAUGACGUCGCGUACCCCGACCACUCGUACGGAUCCAAGGAGUCCUGCCUCUCCCUCAAGCUCGUGCAGACUCUCUCCAACUACGGACCCAACGUUCCGCUCGGCAACGUCACCGUGAAGUCCGCCGAGAUCCGCGUUGUGGGUGACUUCCUCUACGCGUCCAACCGCAACGACACCACCUUCGGCUUCGAGCAGGACUCCAUCGCUAUCUUUAAGAUUGGUGGUGACGGCAAGCUCCAGUUCCAGGAGUUGACCAACUCGCACGGAUACUACCCGCGAUCUUUCUCGUUCAACGAGGCAGGCACAUACGCUGCUAUCGCUGGACAGACGACUGCGAACAUUGCGAUUGUCAAGAGGGAUACGAAGACUGGAAAGCUUGGCCCGCUGGUGACUAACCUUGUUCUGCCGCCAAGGGGAACCUAUGGUGGGGAGGAUGGAGUUAGCAAUGUUAUCUGGGUCGAGUAG